AUGCUCGACUUUGAUCAGUCGCGAAGGAUGGGCACAGGGGACAGAUUACUUGAUAUACCGUGUCUGGUAUGCGGUGACCGUAGCUCUGGAAAACACUACGGCAUCUACAGUUGCGACGGUUGUUCAGGAUUUUUCAAGAGGAGCAUUCACAGCAAUCGAAGGUACAUCUGCAAGGUUCAGGGUGCCAUGAAAGGGCGCUGCCCCAUCGAUAAAACCCACAGGAACCAAUGUCGUGCCUGCAGACUCGCCAAGUGUUUCGAAGCUAACAUGAACAGAGACGCUGUACAACACGAACGAGGUCCGAGGAAGCCAAAACAACCUCAACAACAAUCACCGAUCGCACCUCCUUUACACAAUGAUCGAUUAAGGACUGGUCUUGGUUCCCCUUAUGUUCUUUUACACCAAAGAAAGUUCAGGUGCGACCAGAGGUUCUCGCCUUAUCCACGGCCAGUGGCACUUGUGCAGAAACCACCGGAGGACUCUUCGUCCCCGGCACCAUUGGCUCUACCGCAUUCUCCUUCGACCACGACCCUCUACUCAGCACCCCCGAGCGUCGCUCUGACACCGCAGCCACCCCUUCUUCAGAUACUAAUGUCCGCGGAACAGUGUCAGGAACUCGUAUGGAAUGCACCAUUGCAAUCGGAAACAGAAUAUUCUUUGGAACAAACAGAAGCUAGUCAUAAUUCCACUGGGACAUUAAUAAAUCCCAAUCCUACGCGAGAACUAUUACAGGAAACAACUGCACGUUUACUAUUUAUGGCAGUAAGAUGGGUUUGUUGCUUACCACUAUUCCAAUCCCUUUCGAAGAACGAUCAAUUAUUGUUACUCGAAGGCUCGUGGACACAACUUUUUCUCCUUCAUCUAGCACAGUGGUCAAUAUCGUGGAAUAUUACUGGCUUACUAGAGGAUGAACAAGUACGAGCAAGAUUGCCAGACGAAGCUACAACGAAUCAACAAUUAAUUACUAUUCAGGACACGAUAUGCCGUUUUAGACAACUCUCACCAGAUAUGAGCGAAUGGGGAUGUAUGAAAGCGGUAGCACUGUUUACUCCAGAAACGGAGGGUCUCCACGCCAGCGAGUCGAUCAAAAUGUUACAAGAUCAGGCUCAAUGCAUUCUAGGGGAUUACACGAAAUCUCGUUAUCAACGACAACCAGGUAGAAGCGGGACAUUAAUGCACGUUGUCGGACGUUUGACGUCCAUCUUCCCAAAAUUGGUCGAACGUUUGUUUUUUCACGAAACCAUAGGCGAAAUUCCGAUUUCCCGUUUGUUGGUUGAUAUGUAUCAAAUGAAAGGACACACAAACUGAGAUUUCCCGAUAAAUGAUGAUAUAAUCGUGUGAAAAAUCCCUGUGGCUUUCCAAAACUCUGUCGAUUCUUUAAGCCAGAUACCGUAGAGAUCGGGACAAGUUUUUGAAACCUGUAGCUAAAGACUGCAAA